AUGCCUCUGCCACUGCCUGAAAUCCCCGUCGUGACCCCAACUGAUCUCUAUAUGAGGAGUCGUGACGGAGACUGGAUUUACAUGUGCGAGAAUGCGUCGCAGAGCAGCUACUCUGGAUGUGUUGAUACUGACUCUGAAAUGACGGAAUCGCAAAUAGUGAAAUUCAUCCAAUGGUCCAAUCCAGAGCUGUUUGUAAAGCUGGGUGGAAUGCGACUGGCCAGUUCACAUCUGCCCGAGGAUGGCGACGAGAACAUGGAUGUCGCUGUGAUCAGUCGGGCAGAUGAGGGCAUCGAAGCGGACGCCGAGCAGCCCACAACAACGGUUGAGCAGAACAGAGUCCAGACAGCUGCUGACCCAGACUCCGAGUCUUCGCCGCUCAACGAUGAUCAUGUGCUAAAGCAGGAGGCUUCCGAUGGCGACCACGACAUGCAAUUGAAGUCGUUUGUGCUAGAUUGCCAGUAUGUCUUCACCUUGCAUGAGAAUACAGACCCGAGCGACACCUACUUUUGCUCCCACACAACCUGUCAACAUCCAAUGUGCAUCAUCCCCUAUGGGGAGCUGUUCGCAAGUAUGACUGAUGAGGGUAGGAAUGGAAAUGACUUGCCCCGAGGAUCCCCCAAAACUGUCCACUUCUGCUUCGAUUGCUUGCAGGAAGCUUUGAGGAAAGAGCUCGGAGACGGAAGAGACCGCCAGACGGCGGAUUGCCUUGCAGAUGGCUCAUGCGACAGGGAAUCGGUGCUUGGUGCCGCUCAAAAAAUCCACCCAACCUUAAAGCCGAAACAGCAGGUCUUCAUCUAUCCUCCUGAAGGACCAACCCUCGAUCCUGGUGCGGGAUCGAAUUCAACAAAAGGUCUCCGCCGGCGCCGCCAGAAGCAAUAUGAGAUUAUUAGGAUAUUGCAGGCUAUUCAAGUUGAGCAUAAAGUCAGAACAUCGAGGCUACACGACCAGGAAGAAGCAGACCUCCACAUUCGACCCCUGUCCAAUCUUGAGCCCUUCAGGGAGCGGUACAAAAAACAAGGACUUGAGUGGAAUGAUAUGGAUCAUUUGAGGGGUCAGAGACGGGCGCACGUCUCGACGAUUGAUGCUCGGUCGUCCCCCAAGGUCACUGAAAUACAAGUUGAAGACUGCCACGUCUCUACUUGUCACUGUCAAGAAGUCCUCCUCAAAGAGAAAAUGGUCAGUUGUAGUUCCAAGUCGUGCAUGUUCGGAUGGAUCCAUCUUCGAUGUUCCGGCCUUACGGAGAUGCCUCGAGCAUCUGAGGUCUUUUUCUGUCAGGAUUGCAGGAAACGAGAAGCCUUUCACUCCAAUGAAGGAAGUUCGUGUGAUGGAUCGGACAGCAAAGCAGGAGCAAGCCACAGAAGCUCAGGCGUUCAGACCUCGGAGGGGUAUGCAGCCAGCGUUAGCGGGAACGAAUUGUCGUCUGAUGAUGAAGAGGAGGUUGAGAAUUAUAACGAAACGUCUGACACCAAGCCGAAAGGUUCUGGAUGGGUCGCCGUCAACGUUUCGAUAUAA